AUGAAAAUUUUUAUAUUCUUCGUUUUCUUCUUCCUCAUCAUUGCGCCGGCGCUGGCGCAGCUCUUGCAAGAACAACAGAGUCAGGCUUCUGAAGCCGGGUUGGGCAGCCCGGUGGCCGGCGGCGGCCUCGGGAACGCCAGAACAGGAACGAGCGCUGGCCUUGGCGUCGCUGGCGCCUCAAGCGCGUCGGAGACGAGCAACGUGGGCAUUGCAGGAUGA